UUCCAUCAUCUCCUCUCGCCCGAAAGUCUGCUUUCCUUAUCAUCCCCCCCAUUUUACAAAGAGCGGAGCACGCCGGCCGAGUGGAAGGUGCCACAAGGAUUCAAUCGCCGAGUGACGUGAGGCUUCUGUUGACUACUUGCGCAUUACCAAUCGCCGUCGUUUCUCUAAGCAUCCCCUGGUGAGUCAGCCCCCUCCAUUCCCCGGCGAGCCUGCGACAGAGGUGACUCAGCAUGCGUGGCAACGCCUGGGAAGAAUGCGUAUAAAGCUCCGCAAUCUUCCUUCGCGUCCACAAUUUCUCGCCUAUCAUUUUCCUCCGUCUUGCGCAUUUGUCCUGACAAACAACCCCUCCACUCUAGCAACAAAACAUCAAUACAACACAAUGGUCAAGGCUAUCGAAUCUUACGACGAGUGGAAGGCUCUCACCACCAGCGCCGAGAACAUUGUCGUCGUUGACUACUGGGCGACCUGGUGCGGUCCCUGCAAGAUGAUCUCUCCCCACUUUGCCAAGCUCGAGGACAAGUUCCCCAGCGUCAAGUUUGUCAAGGUUGACGUCGAGGAGCAGGAGGAAGUCGCCAAGGAGGCUGCUAUCAAGGCCAUGCCUACUUUCAUUGCCUACAAGGACGGCAAGCCCUUCAAGACCAUCACUGGUGCCGCCCCUGCCAAGAUCACCGGCUUGCUCGAGGAGGUUACUGCUUAGAUGGAAUCGAUCUUUUUUUGCGAAAAAUGCUGUCAGAAGCUGAAUGAAUAGAAUGGAAUUGG